AUGGAGGGCGUCACGUCAGGACUGCAAGAUCUGAGCCUCGACCAGAUACCGGUCUAUCUACUUAAAACUAAAUCUUCACCAGACGACACAUACGAAGAGCACUUCGCCGGACAGUCCAAUGGCAAAUACAAAUCGGUAUUCGUUCCAGUGCUGGAGCACAUGUUCCGAGACGAUGCGUUACGGUUCCUGCGUCGAGGAGCGGAGCGAUUCGCGUUUGCUGGUGGCAGUGAGGCAAACGAGGCCAAAUUGAGGAAAGCCACUCACAACCCGGCCAAACGAUAUGGAGGCAUGAUCUUCACUUCACAACGAGCCGUUGAUGCCUUCUCCUCUGUUGUUGGUCGCCUGGAACCAUCGAAACUGGAAGCGUUGUUCGAUAAAGACAUGCCACUAUACGUGGUUGGACGAGCCACAGCGAGAGGAGUUCGAGCACUUGGUCUACCCUGUCCUGUCAUCGGCGAGGAGACUGGCAAUGGCGAAGCACUCGCACAAUUCAUCCUAGAGCACCGAAGAACGCUAUCAUCAGACGUCACGAGGCUAGACGGCAGGACUCUUCCACUUUUAUUCCUGGUUGGCGAGCAAAGACGAGACAUAAUCCCUUCGACACUUCAGUCAGAAGACUUACACGCAGCAGAAAGAACGCCAGUAUCUGAGCUGGUGGUUUACGAGACUGGUGAGGCGUCGAUGUUUGAGGAGGAGUUCUCGAAGCUAUUACUGGAAGCUAAGCGGAAAGGUGUGAAGACGCAAUGGGUUGUGGUCUUCUCGCCACAAGGUUGUGAAGCCAUGCUCAAUGCUCUUGGGUGGCUUGAAGAGACGAGCGGGAAAUACGGUCGAGCGAGAAGAGAAAUCAUAAGUGGGCCGAUGAAGUCUUAUGUUGCGACUAUCGGACCUACAACGAGAGAUUUCUUGAUGCAGGAGUUUGGGUUCGAGCCUGAUGUUUGUGCAGCUACACCCAGCCCAGAAGGCGUGAGCCAAGGCAUUAUGGAUUUUACGGCGACAUGA